CGUGUGAGACUAUCGAACGUGGUUUGAUGCCGUAACAGCGCAGAAAUAUAAAGAGUUGAAUUGUUAAAAGAAAACAUGCUGCGCGCAGGCUGCCAAUUGCUCAAUCAGUCCACUGUGGCGGCUGCCAAAACAGGCAGCAAUAACUUUGCACUGGAAUUCGUCAGGUGGCGCCGCAAACCGCGCUGGCUGCCUGUGGCUAAGAGCAAGCUCUUCCGCGUGCCAGAGCGCAAGAAGCAGACCGAGGAAGAGCGCACGGAGCUAAUGCGGCUGCACAAUCACUACAAAACCCAGCUGCGGUCAGUGCGUCAAUAUUUGCGGGAAGAGGUAGUGCGCCAGCAGGAGACUUCCACUGCGGAUCACAUAGUGUUGACGCCCGAGCAGGAGGAGGCCGAGUUCCAGCGCUGCGUUGAGGUAAACGCCGCUUGGAACGCCAAGAUUGCCAAAGAGCGUGAAGUGCGUUUGGCCAAGGAGCGCGAAGAGAAGGUGGCCUACGUGCAAGAGCGCCUCGAGGCUGGCAAAUUGCGUGAGGAGGAGCGGCGCGAGCGAGCCAACGAGCGGGUACGCUACGAGAUUGAACAGUCCAAAACAUUCAUCACACGCGAAAAUCUGGAUGAGGCUAUUGAAACGGCGCUGGCCAAUCCCGUGGAUUACAACUUUGCCAUCGAUCUGGCGGGCAACAUGAUAAAGGGGCGUGCCACGCAGCCGCAAAGCAACUAGGACUAGGAGAAAUACUUGUUUCGUUACAUUUAUAAAAAAUAGAGUUUACUCGGUAAUCAA